AUGACUGAAACAACUUCGGGUAUUAUAAAUGGUAAUGAUUGUAUUGAAUUAACAUUAUCACAAGGAACAAAUGCUACUAGUUCACAAUUAACACUAUCUAAUCAAUUAUAUCGUCAAGCAAAAAUUGAUGAAGAAAAUCGACUAAUUCCUGAUAAUGAUGAUGAUAUUUAUCCAACUGUUAAAGUAACACGUGAUGGUAAAUUACCAGAAAAUGCUACAGAAAGUGAAAAUAAAGAUAAUGAUAAUGAUAAUGAUGUGUGUGUUGAAAAAAAUAAAAAAUAUGAUCCAUAUCGAGCACUUAAUAUUGACUUAAAUGAAAAACCUAUUCAAUCGAUUCCUACACCAUCACUAUUGACAUUUCAAUUAAAAGAAUCAGUUCUUAAACAAAAAAAGAAAAUAAUUGAAAAACAAGAACAAUUAUCAACAUCGAAAUCUAAACACAAACGAGAACGUAGUGAUGAUAAAGAAUUAUUUUCACCAGCUGAUGAAGAAGAAAAUCGUCCAACUUCUUCUACACCUUCUCCUCCUCCUCCUGCUACUGCAGAGAAAACCAAAGUAAAAAAAUCAUCAUCAGAAACAACAACAAUAGUAUAUACAAAUACUUCUGUACCACUCCUGUUGGACAUUAUGAUGGAUGAUAUUCAUCCAACAAAUCAAUCUGAGCAACAAUACAAUGAACAAGAUACUUAUAAACUAGCUGCUCAAUCUGACAAUUUGACAAUUGAAUAUUUGAUUAAUCCAGAUUCAUUAAUAGUUCAAGUUGAUGUAACGUUUCUUUUAGAAAAUCGAACAUCAUUUAUUAUUGAUCAUAUUAAUAUUCAUGUUAUUUGUAGUAUGAAUUCGAAAUUAUUAAAUACAACAAUUGUCGAAAAAAUUAAUUCAGCUGUAUCUUUAUAUGCUGAAACAACACUUGGACAACUAAUAGCUCUUUUAUUUAAAUCAAUAAAUUCUCAAAAUGAUAUUUUAAUUGAUGAUAAAUCAACAAAAACACAUUAUCUUUCUAAUCUCAUGAAAGAAAUAAAAACAUCAUUAAAAUAA